AUGUCCGUCAAGCAGACGGACCUCCAAGUCAAGACGCCAUGGAGGAAGCUCGAAGCUAGUAACUAUACACUUCCUGCGUCCUAUAUCAAGCUAGAGCAACUCCUUACACCGUUCGCAAAGGGGUCGUCGCCACCCCAUACGGCUCGCCGCAUUGUGAACCGUCUUCUCUUCCUAUCCAUCUCGAAAAGCCAAAUUGCUCUUAUCAAGAUGGGCAGUAGCACACCUGAGGCUAUCCCCACCAUUGAUAUCAGCGAUUUCAUCUCACCGACAUCGAGUGAAACGCAGAAACAGGCCGUUGUCGACAAUGUCCGCCAUGCUUGUACAACCUAUGGGUUUUUCCAAGCCGUUGGCCAUGGACUCGGUGUCGAGGAGCAGAGAGACAUUCUAGAUUGCACCAGACGAUUCUUCGCCCUCCCAGAAGAGGACAGGAUGGAGGUUUGCGUCUCCAAGUCCAUGGGCAAAUCUCUCCGGGGCUACGAGCCGCCUCUCAUCCAGACUCACCAUAAAGGCUUGAUGCCAGAUAUUAAAGAAACUUUCAUGGUUGGGGCAGAAAUUCCAGCCGACCAUCCUGACGCUGGUUCUUUUUCCACCGGCCCCAACCUGUGGCCGUCCAAGCUGCCCGAGGACCAGUUCCGCAAGCCCGUCAUGGAAUACCAGGCUAAGAUGGUGAAUCUGGCCAAGGUUUUUUUGAGAAUCCUCGGCAGAGGCUUGCCCAAGGAAUGGGGUCACCCGCCAAGCGUGCUCGAGAAGCUUGCGGACAAUCCCUCUAUUCCCAUGAGGAUGCUUCAUUAUGCGCCCCAGCAAGUUCUCCACGAUACGCAAUUUGGAGUCGCCGACCACACGGACUUUGGUUGCAUUACGAUUCUUCUGCAAGAGACGGGGAGCAAGGGGCUCGAGGUGUGGUAUCCCCCUACCGAGAGCUGGAUCCCGGUUCCGCCAAAGGAGGGAGCCUAUGUCAUCAACAUGAGCGACAUGAUGCAGAAGUGGACGGGCGGCUACUACCGCAGCGCGCGCCACAGGGUUGUGACAAACUCUCGACAUCAUCGCUAUAGCGUCGCCUUCUUCCUCAACGGUAACCUCAAGCUGAGGGCAAAGGCGUUGGACGGCUCCGGCAGCGAGGUUGUGAUUGGCGAACACAUACGCCAAAGACUUAUUGAUACUCUGGGGAAAACGGGCGAGAUGCUCAAAUAG